GCUGUGGGCCGGUGGGUCGUUGAUAGUCGGCCCGUAAUGGCGAGCAUGGCAGCCAUGGCUUUGCAGAAGACGCUGGCAGUGAGGCCAACCCCAGAGGAAGAGGUGAAAGUCUUAGAAGUGGAGAAGGAGAUUUUGAAGCUUUGCCAGGUCCUGGGGGCACAGGGAUCCCUCCGACGCAUGGGGGCCUUCUACUUGGGAGUUCCAGAGCGGAAUGCCGAGUUGGAUUUGGUCUUCGUCUUGCCGGAAGGUAGCGCGACUCAACCCGCAGAGUUGCUGGAAAAGUUGCAAAAUGCUUUGCCCAAGGCCAUCCGAAGCUUUCCCCAGGGCUCCUUAAACGCCCCGGGUUUGCGGUGGCGCGCAAGCCAUGCACGCCACGUGCAGCUGUUUCUAGCGAAGGAGGAGAAACCUAACCCAUCAACGCCAGCACCCAGCGCCAUACCGCCCUCCCUUGCAGCCCUCUAUGCACAUGAGGUGAGCUCACAGAUUCUGGCCAGUGUACCUUCACAGGAAGUCUUUCAGGACUUGUUGCGGGUUGUGAAGCACUGGGCCAAGCGCCGUGGCCUUUAUGGAAACCUUUUUGGAUUUUUUGAUGGGACCACCUGGGCCCUGUGCUGCGCAAGAGUUUGUCAGCUCCAUCCGAAAGCAGUCUUACAUGACCUGCUCCAGUUUUUCUUCGCACUCCUGGGCCGUUCGGAUUGGUCCAGCCCCAUCGCCCUUGAUACGGGCGAUAGCCUGGCGCCCACGGUGCCCAUGGUGCCUGGCACCCUAAUGCAGCUGCCCGGGAACGUCUAUGGCCCAGCGCGCGCGGCCCACUACGAAGUGAGCGAAUCCGUGAUGCGGGUGGUGCAACGCGAGCUCCGCCGCGCCGAGCAGAAGAGGGUCCCAGAGUUGUGGG